AUGCGAUUGUUAAAUGUCUCAACUCUCUCCCUACAAGAAUUCAUUGGUCGAAUCCCUCCAUAUGCAAUUCUCAGUCACACAUGGGGAGAACAAGAAGUCCUAUUCAGCGACAUUGGCACUUCGGCAGCCGCCUCAAAACAAGGCUAUGCCAAACUCACCGGUUGCUGUAGGAAAGCAGCUCAAGAUGGCUUCGAUUGGGUCUGGAUAGAUACGUGUUGUAUCGACAAGUCUAGCAGCGCUGAGCUUACCGAAGCCAUCAACUCCAUGUUCGCCUGGUACCAGAGGGCGACUGUGUGCUACGCCUACUUACAGGAUGUCACCGAUAAUAGCCUCACGUUGGCCUUCCCAGUUGUCGAGUUUUACAAAAGCAGGUGGUUCACCAGAGGAUGGACACUGCAAGAGCUGAUUGCGCCGCAAACUGUUGAGCUCUGUUCCAAGGAAUGGAAUGUCAUGGGCACAAAGAGGAGCCUCGCUUCAGGUAUAGGAAGUGUCACGGGAAUCCCCAUCUCAGUUUUGCGCGGAGCGAAUCCGUCUACCUAUAACGUCGCCGAGCGAAUGUCAUGGGCAUCGGCUAGAACCACAACCAGAGAAGAAGAUUUGGCCUACUGCCUUCUGGGCCUGUUCAACGUCAACAUGCCUUUGCUCUAUGGAGAGGGACCAAAGUCAUUUCUUCGACUCCAGGAGCAGAUCCUCAAACAGGAAGAAGACUAUAGCAUCUUUGCGUGGACGUUACAGCAAGACAAUGGUCCGGUCAGCCAUUAUGUUCGCGCCACUGGCUUCCUGGCUUGGUCCCCUGCGCAGUUUUCCAAAUCUGCUACGACGAGGACGAGUAUCCCAUUGCGAGGACAAAGGCCACAAAACUCGGUGAGCCAUAUGUCUGGUGAACCUUCCAGAGAGGCUCCUGGAAACGAGGCGCCAAUAUACCAGGCCCUUCAACAGAAAGACUACGAGCGCAUGUUUCGGAGCUUUGACAGUAUCAAGGCCAUGAGAACAGCACCUAACCCUCCCGAACUCACAAGUCGCGGUCUGCGUGUCAGCCUUCCCAUCAUGACGCCCACGAACCACUCCCUGCCAGCUCCGUCUCUUGCAUGGCUCUUUUACGAGGUCCAAGAUCUUCUCGUAUGCGUGUUUGUUGACCAGAAUCAGGAGACGCUGGCCCAGGUUCACUGCAGGGCAGAGUCAACAUGCCUCGUCGGCGUGCCAAAAUCACUCCUGAGCCGCUUUGAGUCGACCGAGCUGUUCAUCCAUCCAAGUGGCUAUUUUGCAGAUAGCAAUAGUGGGUACUCACCGACGUCUCUUUUCUUAUCCAAAAGAGUAAAACUAUUAUUGAAGAUGCAAUCAACUGAGAAGUAUUCUCUUCGUGUCGUCCUGGCGUAUCCCGACGACGAGUGGAUGAAGCGAGACACGUCAAUGCACGACUCUUUAUUUAGAGUCUUGUGGGUUUGCUGCACACAAGGUUCGCAAUCUUCACUUUUCAGGAUCGAUUUCACGAUAUCGAGUGACAACGCUUCGUGUUCUAUCCGCGAGCUACCUGACUCACAAACUAGUAACAAGAUGGACGAGGCUCGCAAAAGUGCCCUUCUCCGUGCAUGUGCGCAGUACAAAAAGUCCUUUCUGGCUCAUGCGGAUCGGUCUGUGAAGAGAUCCGUCCGGUCACCCGGGGCUGUCUUCUCGGCUACUUUGAAUCGGAAGCCUACGGCUAAAGACAACCUUCUGGUUUAUGAGAUGAAGGUUGACGCUUGGGACAUGACCAAGUGUCCGAGCUGGGUUCAGUUGAGUCUUAUGCAAGACCAGAAAGAAGUCGACGAUGGAUUGUAG